CGAAAGGAGAAUAAAUGGAGAGAGUCUACUGCAUGUGUUUCACAUUUAUCGUGUCUCCUCAUUGCUUGAUAGUGAAUGUCAGAUUACGCCACAAUCUCACUGCAUCUCAACUGAUACUGGUGUUUAAUCUGAUGGGAAUGAGGGAUAUGUGAAGCACAAGCAGAGGACUACAGGACACUUUAACAAGAGUUUGCACAGACAUUUCCUCUCGGUCAUCAAUGAUCCAGUUCAACUGCUCAUCACCAGAUCCCCUCUACAUAACAGUGAACACAUCAUGGUGCCCAGAAGGGACCGAGUGUCUCAGUGCAGAGGACAUGGCGGAUCUUUGUCUGAGUCGCAGUGCUUAUUUGGAGAAGAACCUGGGGUAUUGCCGUUCUCCUUUCUUCCUGCCUAUGUGUGUGAUCUACUUGCUAAUCUUUGUAGUGGGUGUCCUGGGCAACAGCCUGACUUGUACUGUCAUCGCCCGGCACCGCAUCAUGCGCACAACAACAAACUACUACCUGUUCAGCUUGGCGAUUUCGGACCUCUUGGUGCUAUUGCUGGGUCUUCCGUUGGAGCUUUUUGAACUCUGGAGCAAUUAUCCCUUCCUGUUAGGAGCCGCCGGCUGCUACUUCAAGACCUGCCUGUUUGAAACGGUCUGCUUUGCUUCAGUGCUCAACGUGACUGCUCUCAGCGCAGAACGCUACAGAGCAGUAGUGCAUCCCCUCCGUGCCAAAUACUCAGCGACGAAUGCCCAUGCCAAGCGUGUCAUCAUUGCAUUAUGGGUAGUCUCUCUAUUGUGUGCUUUGCCCAAUACCAGUCUACAUGGCAUUGCAAUGUUAAAACCCCGUUUUGGACUCACGUUCCCAGAGUCGGUGGUCUGUGCUCUAGUGAGUGACACCUGGAUCUACAACUUAUUGGUACAGGUGACGGCACUGCUGUUCUUCGUAGUGCCCAUGCUGAUGAUCAGUGUGCUGUACGUGUUGAUCGGCCUGCAGUUGCAUCGAGAGAGAGAGUGUUUCGAGUCGACAGCUGGUCUCAGUGAAGACGGAUUGCAUCAAAGGGCAAGUCAUCGCCAAGUCAUUAAAAUGCUUUGCGCAUUGGUGAUCGUGUUUGGAAUCUGCUGGGCACCGUUUCACAUUGAUCGUGUCAUGUGGAGCUAUAUUAACACCUGGACUGCAGAGCAGCACAUUGUCUAUGAAUAUGUGCAUCUUCUGUCUGGUGUCUUCUUCUACCUGGGCUCAGUGGUCAAUCCCAUUCUGUAUAACCUCAUGUCUUCACGCUUCAGAGAUAUGUUUCGUGAGGUGGUGUGUCAAAAACGCAAACGUCAGCUAUCCAUAAGUAAGGUCACAUUACGUAGCGUUGUUUCUGGCACGCUGUCUGCCUCUCAUUCUUCCUCGCUCUCUGUGAAGUUUCACCCGCGUGGACUGCCACAACCUCACUAAACACUACUGGGAGAUUACUUGUAGUCGAUGCCAAAUCACUUGUAGCUGCUUGGUAGUCAGAGCACUCGAUAUAAAAUCAUUUAAGUUACAGGAGUUGAAGUGAUUAAAACACUACAAAAGUAACAGGGGGAGUAUACACUUUAUUAUAAUCUAAAAAAAUAUGAUAAAGGAGUUUCACGAAAACAAAAGACUUUAUAGUCUAAAGUUCUUGUAUUUGUGCAAACAUUGAUUUUGUCAUUACUAAACUAAAAUAAUUUUAGUUAAAGGCGAGGUGCGUGAUUUUUAAAAAACGCUUUGGAAAAGGGAGUCAGGCUGAGUACCAAAACACACUUGUAGCCAAUCAGCAGUAAGGGGCGUGUCUACUAACCGACAUCGUUGCCGGGGUUGUGUAUGUGUGAAGCGGGUCUAUCAAAAGAAGGUCCAGAUUCUACUGGGGUAGGGGUGUGUUUGUUUAGGUGAUUUCAAAUAUCAACAUUGCGUUUCAGAGAUCAUGCACCCCGCCUUUAAAAUGGAUGACUUGGACUGAAUACGAGCCAGUAAGAACCAUUAACAGGCCUUCAAUACUGUUUUUAAAGCAGGUUGCAACCUGCUUGAUAAAAUGCAGAUUUUUUUCUCUUUUAUUCUUGACUAGACUGAAGAUACUUAAAUUAUCAUCAGUUAUCAUUUAUUUUGGAUUUUUUAAUACAAUUCCCAUUUGUAUCAUACCAUUGUUUAGAUAAAUUUACUAUCUAAAACGUGGGAAACAGUAUAAGCAAGUGACUUAACUAAACUUCGAAACAGUAAAGAAAAUGCCUUUGUGAAAUUAAAGCUACAUCACAUUUUAAUGGCUAUAUAAUAUUAUAUUUUUGUACUUUGGGGCAUAAUUAUCUAAAUAAUGUCUAUUUUAAGGGGAAGUUUAAAAGUGUUCCUGUAGCCUAAUUGUUAGGUCAUGGUUCAAUACCCAGGGAACACAUGUACUUAUUAAACAUAAUGCACUGUAAGUUGCUUUGGAUGAAAGUGACUGCAAAAUGUAAAAUAAAGCUAAAUAAUCGGAAUAGUCAAAUAUAAACUUUAAAGCACUUAAUAGUAGCCACUGCCAUAAACAAUAUUUUAGUUUUACAUGUUUGUUCAUUUUUUAUUUUUAUUAAAUUUAUUUAUAUUAUUCUUAAGAAACUGUUGAGAAAAAUAUGUAUCUAUAUUUCUACUAUCCCUUAUGUACAAAUAUACAAAGAAAAUAUACAAAGAAAAGGAAAUAUACAAAGAAAAGGAAAAAUCUGUUGCAAUUCCAGUUAAAGUAUGUACUAAACAAGCUUUCUCAUUCCUUGUAAUGAUUUAAAUAAAUAUUUACCUUGUAUUCUUUGAGUUCUUAAUAACUGGUUUGGAAGAUUCGUCUUAAAAUAGUUUGUUUAAACCAUUUCAUUUCAUUUAAUUUUAUGGUUUGUUAUUAUUAAAACUGUGUCUGAUAUAACUGCCUGAAUAUCAUAAGAAUAAUAAGAAUAAAUAAACCAAGUAUGUAACUACAAUUCCUUCUCAAAUCAAAGGGGGCUGGUUGCCAAAAAUGAAUGCAAUGCCAAAGCAAUAUAUCUCUUCUCAAUACUAAACAUUUGUCAGACUAAUAUAAAUUAAAAUUAUGCGAGACAAAACAAGGCAUUUCAGAUUCUGUGGUCUGGUUGUAUUAUUGAAAGUAAAAAUAUUUUGUGUAAAGUUGCAUUUGGCAUUGUUCUUGUUUUUAUAGAAUUUUUUUUUUAAAUCUUGUUAAUGACGUUUUAUUCCAAGAAGUAGAAACUACAAUAUAACGAAGGCAUGUUUAUAAUAUAAUGAUUCUAUUUUGGCUGAACUGGAAUAGUGCUAGUCAGGGUUAUGGGUUUGAUUCAUGACAUGGAUGUCUUUGGAAAAUAUCAUUGUAAUAUAUUAGCAUUAUGAGAAAUGAGCUUUACUUAAAAAAUAAAAGAUCUUGGAGGAACUCAGCAACUUUAGUGUACACAUCAGCCCUUUUGGAGUUUGAAGAACCAAGAAAAUUCUGAUAUAUUUAUAAUUUCAUUGAGUUUUGGCUUGUCUUGUUUGAUAAACAGAAUACAUUUAGAUUAAAGUGUCUAGUUGCAGAAAACAAGGUCUGUUUACCUUCAUUAAUAUUUUUGGUGCUAAAAUCCAACUGAAGCACUUUUAUAAAUGGUUGCUACUUUUUAGAAGCUGAUAUCUCUUUAUAAUUUUAUUUGAGUAAAGA